UGUAUGAUUCUACUGGGAAACAACCAGCAGGGAUCUUCAUUGGAGCCACCACCUGGGCCGGCGACUACGACGAGUGCCUGAGUCUUCCUGCCCCAACAGUUUGUGCUGAGACAACAGGUGCAGCCUGCAGUGACCACAAUGAAACUUUGCCUCAAUACUGCAGCGUUCACAUGACACACGCACCCUGGAGACCAAAGAUGAUUGAGGCUUUUAAUCUUCCGUUCCCAGUACCUUACAGCCCUUUUAUCAUCGAUGUUUGCAUCCCUAAAAACUGCUCUGAGGAAGACAUCUUCAGUGUGGUGGAUGCAUUCCUUGCCAUCGAUAAUUUUGGAGAUAACAUUACAGUCAAGCACGUUGAAUGCCACGCCAGGAAAAGCUUUCUUGAGGAUACAGCUGCCGUAGCAUCAGUCACUGCAUUAAAUGUAAUCCUGGCAUUAGUGGUGAUGGGUACAGCCUAUGAUAUCUACCGCCGUCGCAGAAAACUGAGAAUCAAGCGUGGACCAGAAAUGACAAUCGGUUACAGCGACAAAACUGACCAGUUUGGAAUCCUCAAGAUUCUUGUCCCAGCAAAAAAGCAUCACGGCCGACGAGGCACCUUGUCAUCCUCGGAGAACAUUGAGCAUGCCAAGAAGAAGCUUGAAUUAUUGAACGGAUCAGAUAAGUUUCAUAAACCUCGGAGUGCAUCAGAAACUUUAUUCACCAACGGAAACAGCCUGAACUUGUUGCAUGUUCGACAGCUGAGCUGUCCCGGCCAGGACAUUGAACUGCAA